GAUUAUUAGUGAUGUCAGUACCACCACAUGCUGACUUCACCACCUGGGCUACAUUUGAAAUAAAGAAAUGUGAUGUCCACAAGCUGGAUGAAGCUCCGGCCGCUCAGGUGGUUCUGACUCGUGAUGAGGGUCUGCAGUACUACAGCACCAUGCAGACUAUUAGAUGUUUAGAGCUGAAGGCUGGACAGCUGUUCAACCAGAGGAUUAUCAGAGGUGGCUGCCACUUGUACAAUGGCCAGGAAGCCUGUGCAGUUGGUAUUGAAGCAGCAAUUAACUUAACAGACCACCUGAUCACUGCAUAUCGUUGCCAUGGCUUCACUUACACCAGGGGUGGGUCCCUUAAGAAAAUUCUGGCUGAGCUUGCUGGCCGAGCAGCAGGUAUUUCAAAAGGACGAGGAGGGUCCAUGCACAUGUACACUAAAACCUUCUAUGGAGGAAAUGGUAUUGUUGGAUCACAGGUUCCCUUGGGUGCCGGUUUAGCUCUCGCUUGCAAGUAUCAGAACAAGAGCGAGCUGAGUGUUUGUGUCUAUGGUGAUGGUGCGGCCAAUCAGGGUCAGGUUUUUGAAACCUUUAAUAUGGCAGCACUUUGGAAGUUGCCCGUCAUUUUUGUCUGUGAGAACAACAGGUUUGCUAAAGGUACACCGAUGGAGCGAGCUUCUGCAAGCACAGACUUUUACAAGAGAGGAGACUUCAUUCCUGGUCUCAGGGUGGACGGGAUGGACAUUCUUUGUGUUCGUGAGGCGACCAGGUUUGCAGCUGAUCACUGUAAAUCGGGGAAGGGCCCCAUCCUACUGGAGCUUCAGACUUAUCGUUUUGCUGGACAUUUUGAGGGUGAUGCUCACUUAAGCUAUCGCUCACAGGAGGAGGUUGAUGAAGUUCGCAGAGAUCGUGAUCCUAUCUCCAUACUGAGGGACCACAUGCUCAGUAGCAACAUGACCAGUGUGGAGGAGCUUGAGGGGAUCGAUGUGGGAAUUAUUAAAGACGUUGAGGAAGCUGCAGAGUUUGCUGUUACAAGCCCUGAACCCCCACUGGAGGAGCUGUGCAACCACGUCUUCUGUAACAAUCCACCCUUGGAAAUGCGUGGCACAAACCCAUGGACCAAGCUGAAGUCUAGUAGCUAAAGUUUAUUAACUCCUUCUUACAUCCACUGCAUAAUUUUUUAAAGUAUACAACAGUUAAACACAGAUGUAUGGAUCAGAUAAUGUAUCCUAAACAACCCCACAAACUCAAUCA